AUGUCUGCUAGUAUCCAAGUGAUGGGAUUGGGGAGAGCUUGGGGGAGGGGUAAGGAGUCAGGGGAUCGCACUGCCCAAUACCAUGCAAGAUUGGGUUGGGUGUAUGAAGAUGAUUGGUAUCAGAAGAAUCAUGAAAUGAACAUUUACUGGCUUUUCCAAAGUCAUGCAGAGUGGGGGUUGGGAAAUUUUCUUGUUGAAAACCUCAUGCAGAUUCAAAUCAAUGUAUUUCUCAAAUUGGACUGGUUGAAAGGUCAAAAACCAUCAUUCUCAUCAGCUUGCCAGCUCCUUGAGUGGACAGACACCCUGUCAUCAGGGCUGAAAUGGCAAGUCAAGCAACUCAAAGUCAAUGGCUACAACACAGAGAAGAAGAUCAGGCUCAUGUAUCGAGAUGGACUGGAGGUUGUAGAAAAGCACAAGUAUGGUGAAUGGUUCACAGCUCAUGAGGCAACCUGUAUCCAGGACACACUUCCUGAGGGUGCAACCAUCAUUCCCAUUAUUGCUGCAUCAGACAAGAUGCCUGUCAUGAAGCAUACUGGUAACCUUGAAAUGCAUCCCCUGUUUCUAACAAUUGCCAACAUUGACUCUGACAUCCACAUGAAGGCCACAGCACAUGCCUGGCAUUGUGUUGCCUUCAUGCUGAUUAUUAAGUUUAAUGUUCAUCCAGACUACCAGACAAUUUUGCAGGCUCAGCUCUGGCAUAGAUGUAUAGACAUUGUCAUGGAGAGAUUGAAGCAUGUUGCUAAUGUUGGAGAGUUCAUGAUGGAUGCUUUCAGUGACAUCCAAUUCUGCUUCACACUCUUGGUAGCAUGGAUGGCUGACCUACUGGAACAACAAUUAAUUGCAGCAGUGGCUAGAAAUGCAUCCCCUAUCACCCUGGUGACUCUUGAGCAGUUCAGAGACCCAACAUGUCAGCCCCCUCACACAAAACAAUCAGUAGAACAGGGGGCAGAAGGGACCCUUGGAAGGUUUCUUGUGCCCAAAGUUCUUCAUUCCCUCCACAAUUUUUUCUGGGAUCAUGUACUGAAGUGGUGCAAGGAGGUGGUUGGGAUCGAUGAACUCAACACUCUCUACAAGGUCCACCACAAAUGCAUUGGUUUUCACCACUUUGCUUCUGGGAUAUCACAUGCAACCCAGAUGACAGGAUGUGAAUAUCAUGACAUACAGCACACAAUUGUUCCCAUGAUCACUGGUGCUGCCCCUGCUGUGAUGGUUCAGCCUAUCUGCACACUCAUGGACUUCAUUUAUCUUGCCCAAAGGCAUGUCCACACUGAAUCAUCCAUCAGAGAUAUGGAAGCCUCACUUGCCAAGUUUCAUUCAACAAAGAAUGGCAUUCUUGCCACUGGGGCUCAUGCUGGAAAGGUGGAUUUCAAUAUCCCCAAGCUAGAGCUCAUGCUGAACUUCAUGGAUGCCAUCAGAAGAAAUGGUGGGUUGAUCCAGUAUAGUGCCAAUGUUUCUGAACAUCUUCUCAUCACUCACUGCAACAUGCCAUUCACUCAGACCAAUAGGCAAUCCAACUUCACUGAACAGAUCAUCUGCCUCCUUGACUGUGAGGAGUGCAUUUGCCUGUUUGAUGUAUACCUUUUGCUCCAUGAACAUAACAAGCCCUUGGGUUUAAUGUCCAAAGGAACUGUAGCUGUGCUAUCCAUCAUGAUCACUCCUGAUCAUGUCAAACUGAAGAUCACUGACAUUGGUACCACUUAUGCACUUCCCAACUUUUUUGAGAGGCUCAAUGAAUAUGUCAUGUGCCAUGUGGAAAGCAUUGCAUCCCACAUUGCCCUGCAGAUGUUUGAUGGAGUCUCAGUGUGGCCCUCAGUGAUCAUGCUGAGUCAAGUGGUUCAAGCUCAGCCUCCAUCACCUGACUUCCCCCAUGGGAACUGCAACACUGUUCUUCUUAAUGUGGAUGGACAGAAUCCAGACAACCCUAAUUGCAUUAAGACUUUUCAAUAA